AAGCUCCAUUCUGUCUCGUUUUGGUGACGUAUGAAAACCGCGACGCUGUCAGGUCGACCCAUUCCCUGUUUUCCACAUGUAAGCGACCUCUAAAUCUCUGAGAUUACAGUUUGUUUCGGGGUUUUUAUAUGUACAACAGAUGACAAUGCUUCUUCUGAGGAGAACCGUGCAGACGGCGGUGCGGACUAAAUACUGCAGGUCGUUUUCUGCGUCACAGACUCACCUGAACCAGAGAAAGGGUCUGGUGCUGGGAGUGUUUGAGAAGGAAGGAGAGGAGGGCGACCUUCAUCUGACAAAAGCAGCCGCAGGUUUUGACCAAACUCUGUCUGGGAAACUCUCUGAACUGCUGAAAAUCUCUGGACCGGCUCUCAAGAAGGGCAAAAGCAGAAUAUUUUAUGGAAUCCACAAGGACUUCCCAUGUGUAGCAGUAGUCGGGCUGGGUAAGGCCAGCGCAGAUGUGUGUGGGUUAGAGAACUGGAACACCGGCAAGGAGAACAUCAGACAGGCAGUGUCAGCUGGCUGUCGUGUGCUUCAGGACCUGGAGGUGAACCACGUGGAGGUGGACGGCUGCGGUGACACCCAGUCGGCAGCAGAAGGCGCCGCUCUGGGUUUGUUCCAGUAUGACCAGCUCAAAUCCAAGAAGAAGACCAAAGUAACCACACAGCUUCAUGGCAGUGCUGACUCGGUCGGUUGGCAGAAAGGAGUCAUGUAUGCAGAAGGCCAAAACCUGGCCCGGUUCCUCAUGGAAGCUCCGGCCAAUCAAAUCACUCCUACUGCUUUUGCCAACACCAUCGAAGAGAAAUUAGCGCCGCAUGCUGAACGAGUCACAAUACAUAAGAGAUCUCAGGCUUGGAUCGAGGAGCAGCAGAUGGGAGCGUUUCUCAGCGUGACUCGAGGCUCAGAGGAGCCGCCUGUCUUCCUGGAGCUGCAUUACAACGGUGCUCCUGACAGCCAGCAGGCCCCGCUGCUCUUAGUGGGCAAGGGCAUCACCUUUGACAGUGGUGGUAUUUCUCUGAAGCCGUCUUCCUCUAUGGAUGCAAUGAGAGCUGAUAUGGGAGGAGCUGCCACCGUGUGUGCGUCUAUCGUCACAGCAGCAGCUCUGAAACUGCCGAUCAACAUUAUUGGUCUGGCUCCCCUGUGUGAGAACAUGCCCAGUGGAAAAGCUACUAAACCAGGUGAUGUUGUCACGGCCAAAAAUGGAAAAACAAUCCAGGUUGAUAAUACAGAUGCAGAGGGCCGACUGGUUCUCGCUGACGCUCUGUGUUACGGACACACCUUCAACCCCAGAGCCAUCGUCAAUGUUGCUACGCUAACAGGUGCGAUGGAUGUAGCUCUUGGCUCAGCAGCAACUGGAGUGUUUACAAACUCUGACUGGCUCUGGGAGCAGCUGCACAAGGCUAGUGUUGUGACAGGUGACAGAGUGUGGCGGAUGCCUCUGUUCCAGCACUACACCAGACAGGUGACUGACAGCCAGCUGGCUGACCUCAACAACAUCGGCAACAGCCGUUCUGGCGGUGCAUGCACAGCAGCUGCAUUCCUGAGAGAGUUUGUUACAGUUCCUCAUUGGGCCCAUCUGGACAUCGCAGGUGUGAUGAGUAACAAAGAUGAAGUUCCCUACCUGAGAAAAGGCAUGUCUGGAAGACCAACGCGUACGCUGGUGGAGUUUGUUGCUGGACUGGCCCACACUGGCUGAGAGAUUAACACAAAUAUCACAUUGGAAACAAGACUCUGACUGUUCCAUGGGGUCCACCGGCAGGGGGCGGACUUCACCUCUAUAUCAUCCAUGGAAGAGCGCUGAAAAUGGCUGUAUUUUUGUAAACCAAUCGGACGACUUUGAUGUUUACACACAGCUAAUGCAUCAAUGUAAGAGGCCACUCAAUGUAAUGCAGGCUCAGUGUCUCCCCACUGAAGCGCUGUAGUUACUGCAUAGCUGACAUCAUUUGUAUGUUGUAUAAAAUAAACUCUAGAAUUAAUUAUGUGUGUGA